CUGCUCUACUCUUGAACCAAAACAAAACAAACGUGCGGCCAGUAUCUAUUUUGGCAGCUGCCAGCUGAUUACCUGGCGGCAGGGAAGGGCGGUGCGAGAUGAGGCUAAAAAUACUCGAGAAAAUGUUGCUGUUCUCCAGCCUCAGUGUAGCAGCCACAGCUCCAACGGGGGUAGGGAAGAAUGGCAGAUAUAAUGGUUUUGCCAGAGCGGGUUCCAGCGCAGGAGUACAUGAUGAACCUUUUGGUUGAUGGAGAUGAAGAUGAUGAUGUUAGGUUACAUUUGGCAGCUUUAUGUGGAGACAGCACUGGAUUGAAACAGGUGUUGGAAGAUUCCAGUAGUAAGGAAUGGCUGAAUUAUCGAGUCCGCCCGUAUAUGUCACCUCCAUUAAGGUUGGCAGUUUCUGGCGCAAGUUGUGAAUGUGUUGAACUUCUUUUAGAUGCUGGAGCAGAAAUUGACCUUGAGGAUGUUAAAGGCCAGACACCUUUGUUUGUAGCAACAUCUUGUAGAAAAAUCGCUAUAAUGAAGGUCCUACUCGAAAGAGGUGCUCAUCCAGAUGGAAGUCGGAAAAACCGAUGUACGCCAUUGCUUAUAGCUGUUAGAGAUGGAUUUUCAGAAGGGGUCAAGGUCCUACUCGAAAGAGGUGCUCAUCCAGAUGGAAGUCGGAAAAACCGAUGUACGCCAUUGCUUAUAGCUGUUAGAGAUGGAUUUUCAGAAGGGGUCAAGGAAGUUGAAAAUGAAUAUUUAAAACCCAUGAGUAUGGCCUCUUUUCCAAGAGACACUUAA